GAGAUCGGGGCGGGGACGGGGGGUACCACCGCUAGGGCUUUGGAGGGUCUGGCGGGUGGGAUUGAGGGACCCGGUUUUGAGAAGUAUGUGUUCACCGAUAUCUCGACGCUGUUUUUUGAGAAAGCCCGGGAGAGGUUCCAGGGGUAUGAGGGGGUGGAGUAUCGUGCGUUGGAUAUUACGAAGGAUCCCGCGGAGCAGGGAUUUGAGAUCGGGCGAUUUGAUGUUGUUGUUGCGUCGAAUGUCCUGCAUGCGACGCCAUGUUUGGUGGAAACGCUGAAGCAUUGUCGCUUGUUGCUCCAGCCGAAGGGG